AUGAACAAGCUACAGAGACUGCUUCAGAGCAAGAUCCUGAUCCUGACAAUAUGUGCCGCUGGGAUUGGAGGCACUUUCCAGUAUGGUUACAACAUCUCCAUCAUCAAUGCUCCGACUUCAUACAUUCAGAGGUUUAUGAACGAAACGUGGCUGGAGCGCACAGGCGUUCCCCUUGAGAGCAACGUGAUCCUGCUUCUGUGGUCUUUCACUGUCUCCGCGUACCCUCUAGGAGGACUCACUGGGGCUAUUGUGGCUGGUCCCAUGGCAAUCAUGUUGGGAAGGAAGAUGUCUCUGCUGUUGAACAAUGUGUUUGUGAUCAUAGCUGCAGUCCUGUCAGGAUUCAGUCGAAUGGCAAAAUCCUUUGAAAUGAUUAUGCUCAGCAGAUUCUUUACUGGCCUGAAUGCAGGUGUAAGCAUGAACAUUCAGCCCAUGUAUCUGGCAGAAAGUGCCCCAAAGAAGCUCAGAGGAGCUGUGGCCUUGACCUCUGCAUCGUUUACAGCCCUGGGGCUGGUGCUGGGGCAGGUUGUUGGACUCAGGGAGCUACUAGGAGAGGAAAACAGCUGGCCGCUCCUUUUAGCUAGCAAUGUGGUGCCUGCCCUGAUCCAGCUCAUGGCUCUGCCUUGGGUCCCUGAAAGUCCCAGAUAUCUCUUAAUUGACCGAGGAGACAAAGAAUCCUGCAUCUCUGCACUGCAGAAACUCAGAGGCCACUGUGACCUGAACGCAGAGCUGGAAGAGAUGCUAGCUGAACAGGCUGCCACUGAAGGUCAGAGAGCGAAAAAGCCUUGGGAGCUGUUCCAGAACCCAGCUGUGCGGUGGCAGCUGAUGAGUAUCAUCGUGCUGAGCAGUGCCAUGCAGCUCUGUGGGAAUGAUUCGAUGUAUUUUUAUGCAGCUUAUGUGUUCCAAGAGGCUGGAAUUCCACAGGAAAAAAUCCCCUAUGUUGUAAUCGGCACGGGAAGCUGCGAACUGAUCACAUCCGUUACUUGUAACAUGAUCAUAGACUAUGCUGGUCGGAGGCCGCUGCUGCUGGGGGGGUACAGCUUCAUGGCAGGAUGGGCCGUUGUCUUCAUGGUCGCUCUAAGCCAGCAGACUCAGGUUAGCUGGAUGCCCUAUCUCAGCAUGGUCUGCAUUUUUGCCUACAUCCUGAGCUUUGGAAUUGGACCAGCUGGUGUAACCGGAGUUCUGCCCACAGAAGUUUUUGAUCAAAUGUCCCGGCCAGCUGCUUACAUGAUUUGUGGCUCUCUGCUCUGGUUCAAUCUGUUCCUGGUCGGAACAGCCUUUCCAUUCAUUGUGAAGAGUCUAGCACAUUUCUGCUAUGUCCCAUUCUUUGUGGUCUGCAUCUGCACUGCUCUCUACGUUGGGUUCUUCCUUCCUGAGACAAAGGGAAAAUCCUUCCUGGAAAUCUCGGAGGAGUUCAAGAAACGGAACUUCAAAACUCAAACCCAUACAUUUUUUUAUAGAGGUCCUGAGGAGAUCAAAUCCACCGUGUUGUAG